GGGGGCAGCCAGUACUCGGGCAGCCUGGAGAGCUCCAUUCCCGUGGAUGUGGCUCGACAGCGGGAGCUUAAGUGGCUGGAGAUGUUCAGUAACUGGGAUAAGUGGCUGUCACGGCGUUUCCAGAAGGUGAAGCUGCGUUGCCGGAAGGGGAUUCCCUCCUCCCUCCGAGCCAAGGCCUGGCAGUACCUGUCUAACAGCAAAGAACUAUUGGAGCAGAACUCGGGCAAGUUUGAGGAACUGGAACGGGCUCCUGGGGACCCCAAGUGGCUGGAUGUGAUUGAGAAAGACCUGCACCGGCAGUUCCCCUUCCACGAGAUGUUUGCUGCUCGAGGGGGACAUGGGCAGCAGGACCUGUACCGGAUCCUGAAGGCCUACACCAUCUACCGGCCUGAUGAAGGCUACUGCCAGGCUCAGGCCCCAGUGGCUGCGGUGCUGCUCAUGCACAUGCCUGCUGAGCAAGCCUUUUGGUGCCUGGUGCAAAUCUGCGACAAGUACCUCCCAGGUUACUACAGUGCCGGGCUGGAAGCCAUUCAGCUGGAUGGAGAGAUCUUCUUUGCACUCCUGCGCCGGGCCUCCCCACUGGCACAUCGGCACCUGCGGCGGCAGCGCAUCGACCCUGUGCUGUACAUGACAGAGUGGUUCAUGUGCAUCUUUGCCCGCACCCUGCCCUGGGCUUCAGUGCUGCGUGUCUGGGACAUGUUUUUCUGUGAAGGUGUAAAGAUCAUUUUCCGGGUGGCCCUGGUGUUGCUGCGACACACGCUGGGCUCGGUGGAGAAGCUGCGCGCCUGCCAAGGCAUGUAUGAGACCAUGGAGCAGCUGCGCAACCUGCCCCAACAGUGCAUGCAGGAGGACUUCCUGGUGCAUGAGGUGACCAAUCUCCCCGUGACAGAAGCACUGAUUGAGCGGGAAAAUGCAGCCCAGCUCAAGAAGUGGCGCGAAACCCGAGGGGAGCUACAAUAUCGACCCUCACGGAGACUGCAUGGCUCCCGGGCCAUCCAUGAGGAGCGCCGACGGCAGCAGCCACCCCUGGGCCCCUCCUCCAGCCUCCUCAGCCUUCCUGGCCUCAAAAGCAGAGGCUCCCGGGCAGCUGGAGGGGCCCCAUCCCCACCCCCUCCAGCCCGCAGGGCCAGUGCAGGGCCUAUCCCAGGGCCUGUGGUCACUGCUGAGGGACUGCACCCAUCCCUGCCCUCACCCACUGGCAAUAGCACCCCCUUGGGAGCCAGCAAGGAGACCCGGAAGCAGGAGAAGGAGCGGCAGAAACAAGAAAAAGAACGGGAGAAGGAACGGCAGAAACAGGAGAAAGAGCGGGAGCGCCAGGAGAAGGAGCGGCAGAAGUGGGAAAAGGAGCAGGAGAAGGAGCGGCAGAAGCAGGAGAAGGAGCGGCAGAAGCAGGAGAAGAAGGCCCAUGGCCGGAAGCUCUCAAUACGUCAAAAGGCAGAUGGGCCCCCAGCCCCCAAUGAUGGUGGUGACAAGUCCUCUGCAGCUGAGGCCCGGCAGGAUGCUUACUUCUGACCUUUGCCCUUGGGCUAACCUGCGUGGUCCCUUCUUUAUCCCUCAGCCAAGAGCAGGCCUGGCCAAGGGUGCUGCCCCCUGCCCCUCUGCAGACUGUCCCUCUUUCUGAGGAAAGUGGCCUGAGUCCCCAUCUCCUUGCCAGCUGCUGAUCCCCACACAGCCAGGACAGCCACAGUACAUGGGACAGCUGCAUUUCCCUGUGGCAGCCGGCAGCAAGCCUGGAGCCUCUCAUCUUCAGUUGGGCCCACCUGGGGUCUCUGUCACACCUGCCUCAGUUUUCUCUGGGGUCCCCUCCCAGGUGCUGUCCUGACUGGCCUCUUGUCACAGGGGUGACUCUUGGUGAUGGGGGUCAGCAGUUUGCAGAUUCUUACGCUCCAGUGGCUCCCAUUACCCAUAAGGUGGAGCUGGUUCCUUUUUCCCUUCUUCAGCCCUGCCUGUCCCCCCUCCCCCAAUUCCUGGCUGGGGGCCAAAGCUCAUUCUACUCUGGACAUCUGUUAUAAUGUACAGAGGACCCAGUCGGCAUGGGGUGGGGGUGCUCAUGCUGUCUUCUGUCCUUUGGUUCUAUAUGUCCACAAUGCUCUUGUACUCUGGUUUAUUUAAGGGGACAUGCACUGGAAUAGGAAAUGUCCCCCAUUUCCCCGCCCACUGCCCUUCUGCUUUCUCUCUUGCUCACCCACGUUGCUCUGUAUUCUCAGGCAUCCCCUGCUUUGUCUCACCAGGACCCUCAUCUUGCCCCUUGUUUCCUUCCAGCCCCUUUCUGAGUAAGGGGUCUUCCAUUGAGCUCCAGGGGGUGGAACCCAAUGUUUACAUUCUUUUCUGUCUCUGCCCCCACCCUGUGCGGCGCUUGAGGAACCGGAAAAGAACCUGCUGUUGUACCUGG